UUGUCAUUUAAGUCAACAGAUUUUUUGUUUUCGGACAAACAAAUUUAAGUUGAUCAAAUAAAAUGAAAUAAAAUAUUUUAAAUAAAUGUAAUAAAGUUUCAAAAUUUAAAGUUUCCUAAAUCAUGUCACUUGUACGAACUCGUCCUAUUGAUACGUUACAGCGUAUUAUAUUAUCAUUUAGACAAUUUGAAAAAAAGCUCGAUCAGCUUCAAGACGAUGUGACUUUUCAUGGUCACACAUUAUCAGAACUCCGAGUUAUGAUAGCAAAUCUUUCUAGUACAAACCCGGAAAAAAAGAUGAAUGAUGUCCAAAAAUUGCCAUCGAAGACUCCAACGAUACCAGCUGAAGACAAUAUUCACGGAACUGGUAUUAAACGUAAAAGUUCGAUGCAACCCUCGCCUUCAAGGGUUACGAGGAAGAACUAUCAAUCCCCAAAGCUUGGCAUGAGGCACGUGAAAGAACCACACGAACUGCCUAAAAUAAAUACUUCACCCACCAUUCGUGCCUCGAAACGCACAUCUAGGCAGAGAAAAGCCGAGGCUCCGAGAAAAGCUACCACGUUAAGACCUAAAGAAACUAAAAAAAUACGUAAGAAAAGUCCACAGAAAUCUGUUUGAAUAAGUUAUAAAUUUUCAGUGUUCAGUUUUGUAAUUAAAUUACUUAUUAAUAAAAAGGUUUUAAGGCACCGUAACUAUUAA